UUGCCUGGCUCCCUGCUCGGGCUCCGGAGAGCACGCCCAUCCUCGCCGCUGUCCUUGGCUCUCACCGGUGGCGGAUCCCCCAGCUGAGGCACCGGCUCCUUUCCUUUCUCCCUCUGCUUUAGGCAGGUGACAGCAGGGUCAUGUCUCGGGAGCUGCAAGACGUGGACCUCGCCGAGGUGAAGCCUUUGGUGGAGAAAGGGGAGACCAUCACCGGCCUCCUGCAAGAGUUUGAUGUUCAGGAGCAGGACAUCGAGACUCUGCAUGGCUCCAUUCACGUCACGCUGUGUGGGACCCCCAAGGGAAACCGGCCUGUCAUCCUUACCUACCAUGACAUCGGCAUGAACCACAAGACCUGCUACAACCCCCUCUUCAACUCCGAGGACAUGCAGGAGAUCACCCAGCACUUUGCCGUCUGCCACGUGGACGCCCCAGGCCAGCAGGAUGGCGCUGCGUCCUUCCCCGUGGGGUACAUGUACCCCUCUAUGGAUCAGCUGGCUGAAAUGCUUCCCGGAGUCCUUCACCAGUUUGGGCUGAAGAGCAUUAUUGGAAUGGGAACUGGAGCAGGCGCCUACAUCCUAACUCGAUUUGCUCUAAACAACCCUGAGAUGGUGGAGGGCCUGGUCCUCAUCAACGUGAACCCUUGUGCAGAAGGCUGGAUGGACUGGGCCGCCUCCAAGAUCUCUGGAUGGACCCAAGCCCUGCCAGACAUGGUGGUGUCCCACCUCUUUGGAAAGGAGGAAAUGCAGAAUAACGUGGAGGUGGUCCACACCUACCGCCAGCACAUCGUGAGUGACAUGAACCCCAGCAACCUGCACCUGUUCAUCAACUCCUACAACAGCCGGCGGGACCUGGAGAUCGAGCGGCCGAUGCCGGGAGCCCACACGGUCACCCUGCAGUGCCCUGCUUUGCUGGUGGUUGGGGACAACUCUCCUGCUGUGGAUGCUGUGGUGGAGUGCAACUCAAAAUUGGACCCAACGAAGACCACCCUCCUCAAGAUGGCGGAUUGUGGUGGCCUCCCGCAGAUCUCCCAGCCAGCCAAGCUUGCCGAGGCCUUCAAGUACUUCGUUCAGGGCAUGGGAUACAUGCCCUCUGCCAGCAUGACCCGCCUGAUGCGGUCCCGCACGGCCUCCGGCUCCAGCGUCACCUCCCUGGAGGGCACCCGCAGCCGCUCCCACACGAGUGAGGGCACCCGCAGCCGCUCCCACACCAGCGAGGGAGCCCGCCUUGACAUCACCCCCAACUCGGGGGCCACCGGGAACAGUGCUGGGCCCAAGUCCAUGGAGGUCUCCUGCUAGGCGGCCGGCACGGACCACCACUCCGGACUCUGAUGUCUGUAGCGGCCCCUGCUCGCCAGCCCCCUUCCCGCCCCUGCCUGCACACUGCGUGUAACUCGGUAUUAAUCCAAAGCUUCUUUUGUGAGAGUGAGCUCUGGCGAUGACAGAUGGGGUCUGUCAAGGGCACCCUCUCCGAGGAGGCCCAGGGCAGUGGACCAAAGGAAAAGCAGUAUCUCAGUGGCCUGUUUUCAUUAACCAGUGGCCUGGGUGCCACUCUCUUACCCUCUCUCAGAGACACCAAACUGCCAAAAACAAGAAACAUCGCAGUCCACUCGUCACCAAUCCAAGCCUAGGCUGACCCGAGCAUCCUGGUUUACACAGUGUUUUGUCAGAAGGCUAGCCCACCUACUUCCUGUUUCCUCUCCAGUGAAAGAGAAUCUGACCCAGUUUCUGGAAACAAAACCCUUGUCUGAUUUGGAGAGGGCACAGCAGCGAAGUGUGGGCACCUCUUUUAUGUAGGCACAACAGGAAGGGGCAGGAGGAGGUGCAAUUGACCUGGAGCUGGAGGCAUUUGGAAAAACACAUCUCUGUGGUUCACUUGAAAUCGAUUUUUAAAGUUGGUGCAUCUAUAAACUUUUGAAUGCCAAAGCAUACCAGCCUGUUUUUCUGGCAUCCUUUCAGUGUACAAUGAAAGCAGGCGACAAAAUCUCCCAGCUUUACAAAAAACCAGUUUCGGCCAGUGUUCAGUGUCAUGGUUUUUUGAGGCUGUAGCUCUGCCCUGCCUCCUCCUCCACAGCCCCUACCUUCCACCCCAGGCACGUGAGUGUGUGUUUCGGUUCAUGGGGAAGAUCAUUUAGAUUUGUAGUUGCAUUCUUUGAAAUGGAGGGACUAGCCGUACCUGGCUGUGACAGAGUCUCCAUUCAGGGGAGGGGGCAGGGGUUGGGGGUGGGGGAUGGCGGUAUUUGGGUUAUUAGAUGAAGGGAUUCCUUGUGAUCAUGAUGGGAUCCAGUGCAGUUGUGAUUUCUGUAAAUCCCCACUUGUUUCCCAGGAACCUUGUGUGAUUGAUUGAAAUCCAGUGUCCAAUCUUUUGACAACUGGGUUGAAUGGGAACUUGAUAGCUGAGCAUUUCUGACCUGGUAACGUUACUGGAUCUUCACAUAGAACUCUGUGCUCUUGUGGGAGGUGGGAAUUCACAUGGAAGGUGGUGGCUGAGCAGAUGUCAGGAUUCUGGAGUGUGCAUUCCAUGGGACUUUUCUCCUUCUGCCCCCCACUCUCCCGGCUCCCCUAACCUCCUUUCGUUGAAUGGGGCGCACCACUGACAUUUCUGAGCAACGUUGGUGUAGCUCACAGGUUUCUGUACUACUGCCUUUUGAUUUUCACUUUGGCUAACCAUGGAUUUUCUUACAAAGUUUGAUCAGAGUGAAUCGAACAUUGAGAAUCAGCCACUGGGGCCUGGUCAUUUUCAAGACCCCGAGGUGGGAGAAGGAAGUAGUCAAGCCUUCUAGGUGGCUGGAGAGGCAAGGACUCAGUUUUCCUGCCACUCACCACUUUGGAAGCUUCCCCUGACCUUGCCACAGAAAGGUUGGGGAUCAGGGCAAGAGUGGCUGAAUGCAGACCGGAAACUAUUGUGUACAAGUCUUUCCAGAGGAGUUUCUUAAUGAGAUAUUUGUAUUUAUUUCCAGACCAAUAAAUUUGUAACUUUGCAA